AUGUUUGCGAGGGAGUUGACUGCUAGUCCAGAGGUUAUGAGUUCUGUUAAGGCAGAGGCAAAGAAAGAGGAAGAGAAACAUGAGGAGGACGACAGGAGGGGGAUGGUGAGUCGGUGGUCGUAUAGUUCGUCGGAUUUUGAGGAUGGGCAGAUGGUGGAUAGGGAGGUGUCGCCUGUUCCUGGUUUUAGUACUCCGGAGGCUGGACAGGAGGCGGAACAAGUGUCCGUGGAAGAACAACAUUUAGUACAAGAAGGAGGGCGACAAACACCAUCCGCACAAAAGAGCAGAAACAGCACAACUGGCGGCACCACCACCAGCGGACCUCCCACUUCCUCCGAAGAGAAUGACGAAACCGAGCAACAACGGGGGGAAGAACUGAGUCUCCCAUUCAACAACCUCAACGCCCAACUUUCAAACCUUCAAAUAUCCCUUGACAGUCUUGUCUCUCUAGCGGUCAGUGUCGAAGCAGCGGUUGGGGAGGUUCAUGAUGCCAUGAUUACUCUCUGUGAUAGGGCACGGGAAGCAUUCGUCAACGCAGGCCAGUUUAUGGAAGAGGUGGAGAGAGUGGAGGGACAACUGGGUAAGGUGAGGAGACAGUUGAAGGGUAAAGGGAAGGAAAUUGUUGGCAGUGGUGAACGAGAGAAACCAGAGGAUGAUGAAGACAAAGGUAAGACAAGAGAAGACACUCUUCUAGGAAUUGGCAUGCAGUUCCUCAAUAAAGAUAAUUCAACGAGUGAAGUAGGGACUCAACGAGAGCAACGGAAGGUGCAAGAACAAGAAUGCGGGGAACAGGAGGAAAAAAAGCAAGGCGACAGAAAAGAAACACCAUGCGGGAAUAUCACCAUGUUCGUCGCCGAAGGAAGGUCGGAACCAACCACGGAGAGGACCACCGAGCGGACCGGCACCGGGAGGGGCGGAGUGGGUUUGAUGUACGGUUUGAGUACCUAG